AAGCCGAAGCAAAGAAACGUUUUGAAGAAGCUGAAGCAAAGAAACGUCUUGAAGAAGAAGCAAAGAAACGUCUUGAAGAAGCCGAAGCGAAGAAACGUUUUGAAGAAGCCGAAGCAAAGAAACGUUUUGAAGAAGCUGAAGCAAAGAAACGUCUUGAAGAAGCCGAAGAAAAGAAACGUCUUGAAGAAGAAGAAGCACAGCGUCUUGAAGAUGUGA